CACUCAUAUUUAUAUGUAACACACACACACACACACACACACACACACACAAUCACAUGCAUGUACGCACACACAUGUGUGUACUCACGUGUUUGCACAUAUAAUCACAUAGUUUCAUUUCAAUCCAAGUCUGUUUAUCAUUGAAAAAGAAAGCAACAAUAUGUAAGAAUUUUUAUCACCUUAAUAAUACAUUGUUAUUAGGACCUUCUGAGACAUUCCUGGACAUUAAGUGUAUGCUUUAUGCUUACCAAUAAUUUUCAAAAUGACGUUCAAUGAAGGAGCUUCUAUAUAUAUCUUCCCAACGACUAAAUUUCCAUUAAUUCCAGCCAAUCUAUUGUCUUAAAAAACGACAUAUUAACCUUUUUGAUACUAAGCUACCUGAGACCAUCCUGGGUUGCAUAGUUUAGAUAUUAAAAUUUCAUGCUAAUCUAUGUUCCAAAUAAUGACAAAGUCAUUUUAAUAUAUUUUUCAUUAUUUUUUAAAUUAAUUUAAAGAUAUUUAAUUUAAAGUGUUUUUCAAUUGAAAUAUUGUAAUGGAAGAGCUAAAUGUUGCAGUCCGGAAUAUACUAUGUUUGAAUAAAAUAUGGAAUGGUUACACCUGGAACAACCUUUGAUUAUAAGUCUGCCGGAAUUGAGGAACAGAGCAAGCCUAUUGUCUAUAAAGAAUAACCAACACAUUCAACUAUGUAUCAUAUGAUAUAAUACUUUAUCAGCAGCACCAGUAGAAUUUGUGAGCAUAACGAAAAAAAAAAAAAGAAGGAGAGUAAAAACAAUUCUGAUAAGGACCACCAUUGAUAUGUUCAAAUUUAAGGCAGCAGGGAAGUAACAUUAAGAAAUAUAUACAAAAAAUAUAACCUUUUGUUUAUUAUUGUGAAAAUGUAUCCAGAAGACAAAACUCUGAAACAUAAACAUUCAGCUCAGUUCUUGAGUCAAGAUGAUGUUCCACCUUUCAUGGAUGAUGCCCAAGAUAAGAGUGAUUUUCAAGAGAAAGGUCUCACUGUCUCUGAGCACUUUACCUCCUUGGUGUAUGGAUUCCAACUUGAUAAACACUACAACCAUGAAAAAACCAAUGCCAGUAUAAUGGAAGUAACUUAUAACAACCGGCUUCGACAAUAUGUCAUUCUAGACACACGUGGAAUUGUUUCCUGGAAACCAGAUUGGAUAGAUUCUAAAGUAAAACGAGUUCUGCUGUACCCAAAAUAUCAACAUCGUGUCAUCACUAAGCUGCAAUAUGUCAAGAAAUAUAACUGCUAUUUCAUUCUCGACAAAGAGUUUACUGUCAAGGUUCUCAAUAAGGAUUUUGAAGAGGUUUACAUAAUGAAUUCUGGAACAAUUGGAGCCUCUUUUAUGGUAUUCAACUCUGUUACAGAUGAACUAUUUACUGGGGGGAUUGGUGGAACUAAGGUUUGGCAGUAUCAAAGAGUCUCUUCACAAAUGUUUAAAGAAAUAAAACCACUAUCCGACUAUGAAUUGAAAUUAAAAAAAACUUUGCCAAAUGUUGGAGGAAGUUGGGUCCAAAGGAUUGAAGUUAAUACUACCACACAUCAUCUCUACUGCUGCUCUGAAAUGGAUGUACAUGUGUACAAUAUGAGGGGAAAUCUUCUGUAUCGAAUAGAACGAGCCCAUGCUGAGGCAAUAACUGGAUGUUGUUUCUCGUCACAAGCCAAGGUCAUUAUAACUGCAUCCCAUGACACAACAGUGAAAGUCUGGAGCUCAAUUGGUGGAUUGCUACAUGUUUUCCAUGAACACACAAGAUCUGUAUCCAAUCUUCAGCUCCACCCGGAAAACUCUCUUAUGUUCAUAACAAGCUCUCAUGAUGGAACCAUAAGAAUUUGGUCUCUAGAGACAAUGGAUUGUCUUUAUUGUUGUCUUGUGUCUGGCAAUAAUAAUCCCAUGUGGAUGUUUUUUACUGAUGAAAAUCAAUUGGUCACAUGCACAGCUGAAGAGAUUUCUGUUUGGUUCCUUAACUACUUUGUUAACUUUUGGGGAUUAAUGCGCUCUGGUGUGUCACACAUGUCAUUACAAUAUGGAACUGCACCGAAAACCACAAGACUUUUGGCUGUGGGAGAUGAUGGAAGUAUACGUUUGUUUGCCCAAAAAAGUCACAAAAAGUUGUGUACCAUUCUUCCUCCUCCAUGUUUGUCACCUCUUGAAGAACUUCCAGGAUUUUGUUACAGUAGAGACCUGAAUCUUGUCUAUUUGCUUCUUUCAACUGAUAUACUGUGGAUUUAUACUUCAAGAUCUGAUCCAGCAUGUCGUUUGGCCGUAUGGAAUAUUACGAAAAUUCAAUCAAAUAUCUUAACCAAGACUAAACAAUGCUCGUCUGUUGGGAAUAAUGGUAUAUUUCUUACACCAGCUGCUGACCUUGUCUCAGACGAAAUAAGUCAAUGCAUAUCAAUUGGUUUCAUAUCUUCUCCAGUAGAAAUAUCUCCAGAAUCCAGCACAGAUUCCAUCGAUUCUGAUCAUUUCUUACUCUGGGGACUGAAGGAUGGCAGAAUUUUAUUUAUGGAUCCAAUAAAGAAAGGAAUCAAGCACAUGGAACUAAAGGCUUCAAAAGGUCCUAUCAUGAAGCUUCAUCACAAUAAAGAACAUAAUUCUCUUGCUGCACAGAGUCAUGAAAGUGAUCACAUAUUGAUUCAAAUAUGGAGUUUACCAUCUUUAAUUCUUCAAUUUAGCGUCACAAGUGAGCAGAAUUUAACAGCAUGGACGAGACUUGAAAAUGCUCUUUUAACUGGACAUGAUGAUGGAGUUUUAACAUGGUAUCUGCUGACUCCUACAAAGGAUUCUGAUCUGGAAAAUACAGGAAAAUCUCCAAAACAUACUUUUGGACAGAAAAAUCUCAAUACCUUUGGUCAUAAACAAGCAGUUAUAGCGCUUGACUCAUGCAGUAGAAGGAAAAUAUUUUGUUCAGGCAGCUGUGAUGGGAACAUAAAGAUAUGGGAUAUGUCUGGAACAAUACUCCAAGAAAUAAUACUGAAUAUACCUCUAGGAUCUAUAUGUUUUUUAAAUAAUAAAGCUGAUCUGCUGAUUGCCUUUAACAAUCAUAUUUUCUAUGUUCCUCAUUCAAAAGUAUGUCCUUUCAUGGAACAAAUCAGUUUUGAGGAUUCUUCUUCAGCUGAAGAUUCUGAUAUUUAUGAAGACUUCUUUACAGAGAAAGAAAAAGAGCAAAAUAUAGAUUCAUAUUUGAUGCCAUACGAUAUUAACGUCUCAAAACAUUUCUCUGAAGAUAAUUUUCCCGAACUGAAAAUCAAAGAGUGUGAAGAGCGAGAGGAAGAUCGAGAUUCAUUUAAAAGCGAAUAUAUUUAUGGUGCUCCGACAGAAAUAUAUUCAUCUCCAAAAGAACAAUACAACUGGUCUUGGCCAUCGAUGUCCUCCCUAACAGAUGGAGACUUAGAAAUGUUUUCCCAGAAUGCUCACCUUCAGUACCCACUGCUUACAGAUUCUCCUACAGAAUUAAACAACCAAUCACCAAGAGAAGAAAUAUCAUUGACACAUUCCAUAACUGACAAGUCAGAUGACUUCGCUCUAUCAACUUGCACGCAGAGAAUAGAUGAAAUAGAAGGUGAUACAAUGCCUUCAGUUGAUGUAGUUGCUGAAAAUGUUUCCACAAUAAAAAAUGAUAACUCGGAUAUUAAAACAACCAAUUCUAGUUUUUCUUCUGACACUCCAAUUGUUCCAUCAAAGAUCUCAUCUGAGAAUGUCCAAAUUGAUGCUUGCAGUCACACAAAUUAUAAUAAUGUAGCUGAGGAGCCAGAAACAUCAUUGGUAACAGAUCAUGUUCUGACAUCAGAAGACUCGAAAUUAACUGAGAAUACAACAAAGGAAGUGAAAAAUGUUCCAGCCAGUCCAGUCGUUGGCGAUGUCGGAGCAGUGGGAAAGAAAAGUAAAAUGAAGAAGAUUGAAAGCUUGAAGAUUCUGAAAUCAAAGAAGGGAUCUAAUAGUGCAGCACAUCUUGUCAGGAAAUCAGAAGAAAAACCAAGUGUGGUGCACAUAGAAAUUAAACCAAAACAAAAUCAACACCCACCAGUAAGAAAGUCGACUUCGCUGACUGGAAAGAAACUUCACCAGAACCUUUCGACAAGCUGGAGUAGACAUGACUAUACAGAAAGCAGUUUAGCAAAUGGAAAUCAGACUGGAAAAUCUAGACGAAAUGUUUAUCACUCCAACAUUCAAAGAAAAGUCUGCAAGUCAUUUGAAAAAUCUGAAACUGAAGAAAAAGUGGACACAUCAAAAAAAUCCUCAACCGGAUCAUCAAAAUUCAGAAUAGAAUCUAAGUCAAAAGAUCAAGUAGAAGAUGAUCCCGAUAACCAGAGUGUGGAGUUUUACCCAUUCACAGCACCAUCAUUUGGACACAGAUAUUCUGAAGAUCUUAAAACAGAAUUUGAAAUGCGUUUGGCUAAUUUUGCAAGAAAAUUCUCAUGCAAUAGCUCUGACAAAACUCCAUGCCAUAUAUUAUUUGAAAGUGGUCAAACUAUUGAGUUUGGCAAAGAUUGGGUUGAAAGACAUAUUGAAAGAUACAUACUUCUCCUAAUGCUGCAAAAGUUGAGAGCCCAAACAGCUAAAGAGAAGCAUUCAAGAUCUUUAUCUCAAAAUGAAUGCACAGAAAAAGUGUCUUAUCCAUUGUUUAAUUCCGUUGUAUGGACAAACCCUGAAGAAAACAAUAUAGAAUUACGGCAAAAAAUUGGUUUUAUGUCACAGAAUAUCUGUCAUACAACUGGUUACUUGAAGAAUACUCUUUACAAUAGAAAGCUCUUAAAACAGAAAGAACUGAAUCAGUUUAAAUUAUUAUCUAACCCACCAAAUGAGCAAUCUUUCUUUGAUAUUAAAAAUCUUUUCGCUAUGGAUAAAUUGUUGUCAAAUGUAGAGAACAAAGAGCAAAGAGGCUGGAGCACGACUCUAUUUAAAAGACGACAUUCAACUAAGCAAAAAAGUACUUCAAAGUCUUCCAGUGUUGAUAGUCAUAAAAACGAACAAAACUUAGUCGACUCUUUCUAUGAACAGAAUUACAAAACGGCAAAUACCAUCUAUAAGUUCCGAUUUACAGUACACAGAAAUAAGAAAACCAGUGGUAAUGAGCCAGACUACAAAUUCCCCAAUCUUCCAAGUAACAUUUGGACUGCUGUACAUCCUCGACCUUUUGUACAUACAAAAUCAAUACCUGUAAAUGACCGCGAUUAUGAAAUAAUCGAAAACUCUGAAAAGAACACACCGGAAUAUCUUCAACCAACACGCUUUGAAAAAAAAUUGCUGAGUGUGCGAUUCCCUGUAAAAGAACGAGAAUACUGCAAAUUAGUGACAGUGCAAAAUUUAGUCUUUGAACCCGAGUCUACCCCUGAGACAAAGUAGGGUUUGAUAAUUCACUUAAAAAAAAAAAAAAAAGUAUUCUACAAUAUAAUUUCUUUGGACAAUUCCACGUAAAUUGAUCUGUAAGUUAUGGAUGUAUUUAUUAAUCAGAGAAAAUACUUCUUACUUCUUGAACAAUUUUCUGAAGCCUAAAAUGUGAAGAGCAACUUUCUAUAUGAAUUGAACAUGAUUAGCAAUGAAUACCACUGGUGUCCUUACUUGGCACAGCUUAACACAAAUGUCUUAUCCAUGCUGAUUAUCUUUUAAUGUUAUGUAACUGGUGUCUCUAUUAUGGAAAUAAUAUUCAGUGAAUUCAGAUUGCUUAUUCUUUCUUCAGCACAGCAUUUGUUUUAAGCUUUUGUUUUCACUGAAUCAAAUAUUUUUGCUUCCCGACUGUAUGGAUGAGAGUUUAUUGCCACUGUCACAUGAUGGGCAAGUGACCCUCAUAGCUUCUGGCUGAGCAAUGCCUUGAUUUAUGAAAGGAAUUUGGUGGAUGGAAGCUGUACAGAGACCUUAUUUCACAUAUAUAUAUAUAUAUAUAUAUAUAUAUAUCUUUUGUUGACAUAUUCACAAAAUAAAAAGCCUCAACAAGAAAACAAAUAUGCAGGUGCUUUCAGAUAAAAAUCCUUUGAGUUAUUUGUUCUGCCCAAGUUACACAGACAAUCUCCUUGACAUUUUCACCAUUGCAAAUGCAGAGAAACAGUGAUUGACUCAUUGAAAAGCUAUAAACCAAAGCACUAUUGUUCACAAAAAAAAAAAAAAAAAAAAGCAUGACCGCAGCCACUUGGCUGAAACACAUAAAUAAAAAAAAAAAUUUGAAAUAUCUCACUAGGGUGGUAGCAGUAUUUUAACAGGGAUUGAUAAUAGAUAGCACAGUUAUUGUUUAACCUUUCCAUUACCAUAUUUCUAGUGAAAUAACACUGUUGCUAAUAAGCUGGAAUUUGGAAGAUAAAUUCACAUGAAAUUUAGAUCACUUCAAAACAGAGACUUUGUGCCACCGAACCAGUGGUGGUCGUGAGUGGAUUUGCUGAAAGAUGCACAUGUACCAUCCGUACAUGUGCAUUUUUCUGCCACAUAUACCAUCAGUGGUUCGUUGUAAAUUUCACACAACCAUCAUAUGCACCAGUAGUGGUACAUUUUCAUAUUUUAUUCUUUAUUUUUGACAUGGUUUGAAGGACAUGUAAACAACAUGAUUGCUAAACUAUUAAAGUUUAAUUAUGAAAUAGUGUAAAAAUGCCAGAAAAUUACACUUCCUUGUAAUAAAAUAUGCAGUGUGACCAGAAAUAUGUGGCACCUCCAGUAAGCUCUAAUAACAAGGCCAUAGCAGUUAACAUUAAUGGAAGAACUAGAGACAUCAACCACAGAGAGGCUUCCUUGAAAGUUCUCAAACUUUUCAGUUCAUUUAAGUUAAGGUGUUCAAAAUCUAAAAACAAGAAAGGUAACUCCAAUAAGAUCAGUUUGGACACUAUAGACAUUUAGAGUGAAUCACGUCUUUGAAGCCAAUCGGACAGGUUUCAGGUUUAUUACAAAAAAAAUGAGUAACUUACAAAGUUAUCUCUCUUGAAUGAAUAUUUCUAAUAUAGACUUUUUUUUACUUGCACGUUAAAUUCACGAGCAGGCUGUUCCAUUGAUUGGAUCAACCUGAACGCUUACCGUCAUAAGCGCCAGUUUAUUGCAGUUCACUUCCUAAACUCUGAACUGAACACUUUACCCCAAGCCUUCCUUCUAGAGCUUUAUCCCUCCCUGCACCUCUGGAGAUGUUCAGUUUGAACAUCUGCAGGUUAACACAGAGUUAUAAACUAUUAAGUCUGUACUAACAAUGUAGUCAAUAAAACGAUUUUACUAAA